AUUUGGGCUGGCAUCUAUUGUUUUGUUGUUUCGCUAGACCGUCCGCGUGUCUUUCGUCACUUUUGUCCAUCCAAGGGUACACUGGUCUGUUUGACUGUCUACUCAUUUGUUCGCCCACACAACUGUUCUUCUAUCCAUCCCUUCAACCCCCCAUCUAAGCUUUUUCUCAUUUGUUGCGUGCACAAACGGGCUAAUUUUAGGCUUUGUACUAGCUUGCUUUUUUUUCUCUGGCUAUGGUCAUCCCUUCAGGAUGGGCUCUCUCGCUCUCGCAUUCUCACGGCUCUAGGUUGUCAGGCUAAACUUGUACGCAGACAGGAAAGACAACAGUUACAAAACUCGAUCCUCGGGCAUCGCUUCGCUACCAAGAUCGAUUUCAGACUCUGGUGUUCUCACUUUCACGUGAUGCAAAAGACGAACAUCCUAUCAGUGGCUGUCGCAAACUCGUUUAAACUCCUAUUAAAUACACACUCGAGUCUGGAACUUCAUGCUUUGGAUACUACCUGA